UUUGCAAAUGUUUUCCAUUGUUAAUAACUUCCAGUUCAGAACUGUAACUUCAACGAAGACAUCCUAUCAUGUCGUGUGUGUUGAUGCUAAUUGUAAAUGGGCCCUUCGUGCUGUACGCGUAUGUGGUACAAGUUUAUUCCAAAUUAGAAGGCAAUCAUAGACAGGCAACAUCUACCCUUUUAGCAGACUUGGUUGCACAUCGUUAUGCAGAUGCUUCGAAAAAGCCGAACCAACCUAUUGACCUUAUGGACGACAUGAGGAGGGAAUAUGGGAUAACUAUGUCUUAUAUGAAGGCUUUGGUAGUUAAAAGAAAAGCGAUGAGCAAACUCUAUGGUUCAGAUGAUGAAUCGUACCGCUUGUUGCCUGCGAUGUGCUAUAUGCUUGAGAAAAAUAACUCGGGGAAAUUUAAGGGCAAAUCAGAAUCAAUUGAGUGGAAGUUCAGAGCUGCUUCUCGGGCUACUACUGUUGAAGAGUGUGAGGAGUAUCUUUUAAUGUUGGAUGAGGAUGAUCCACAUAUACAGGAUUAUUCUAUAGCAAAAUUGGUUGAAUUCCUUCGUGGUAGGAUGCAACGAUGGUUCCAUGAAAGGGCUGAGAUUGCUAGUUCCACACGUACUCCUCUUCCAAAGAAGCGCGAGAAUGAACUGAUUCAGUUGCAACGUGAUGCAUUUCGGAUGAAGGUCAAUGCCUCAUGUUCAUAUGAGUUUGAGGUUACUGAUAAUGAUUCUCGAUCAUUCAUUGUCAACCUAAAGGAAAAGACUUGCACGUGCUGCGAGUUCCAACUUAAUAAAUUUGUAUAUGUGCAUGCUGUUGCGGCGAUUGGUAAACGCCCUGGGUUAUCCUGCUACGAAUUUAUUUCCACCUUUUACAAAUUGGAAGCAUUGGUGUGCACAUAUGCUGGAAUUGAUCAUCCUAUUGGUGAUGUGUCUGGAUGGGUGAUUCUUCAAGAGAUUCUAUCAAGGAAAUGUGACCCUCCAUCCUACAACAAGCGCCCUCGUGGAAGACCUAAGAAGAAAAGGUAUCCUUCUGCAGGGGAGUUCCGUUAUGGCAAACGUAGAGUGAAGCAAAGAUGUUCGAGGUGCAAGUCUCAUGGCCACAACAUGAAAUCAUGCACCAAUCCAAUUCCAAUGGCAGAUGCAGCUCUUAUUUAAGAGUUGUUUAGUAUCAUUUACUUUAUCUUUUCCAACUAUGUGUAUUUCAAUUUGAGAUGUUCUUAUUACGAAUAUGGAUGCUUUAAUGUUUUAUGUUCUUUUUGUUGAACAAUAUGAUCCUUGAACUCCACGCUUUAUAUUCAAUAACCAAAUACUUGUUACAUUUAAACACAAUUUCAAGAGUUACACUUUAUACGUCCAUACAUGACUCCAUAAAAUGGAAUUUAUUUCACUAGAAUAAAUUUAAACAAUACAU